AUGAGCAUCCUCUUCUCGUGGCGAAACCGACCCAAGUCGGCCAUGUUUGGCGAGGACAACUUUGCCCACUUUGGCGACCUGUCUCUGGGCAGCGGACGUGAUGCCGCCAGCGCCGACAGACGGGCGAGCCACAUGAGCGUCGACGAACUCCGCUUUGCCACCACCAGGAGUGGCUUCCGUGGCCGCCAGUCCAUGAGCGGCCUUCCUGCGCAUUGGGGCGUCCUCAACGACAGCAUCUAUUCGGACGGACAGCCAGGACAGCCAGGACGGACCGAAGAAGCGUCUCUGGCCACGGCUGCCCCUCACAAUCAGCCGGCCGCCCACUCGUCUUCGUCACACGGCAAGAAGGCCAUCAAGGGCAUCAUCCGCCGUGCUUCCGUCUCGCUCCACGGCUUCAUGAGCCGCCGGCCCUCCUUCUCGACCCCCGACAAGGCCCCCGUCGACGAGUCUGUCGCUGCACCUACGCCCUUGUCGUCCUCCCAUCCAUGGUCGGGCCGCCUGGCCGUGCCCACACAGCCACCCUCGACCACCCAUGCGCCUGCAGCCCAGCAGUCGACUUCGGCCUCAACUCAGCCUGCUGCCGACCCCCGCCCGAAUGCCUCCCACGUCUUUCCCGGCUGGAGACGCCUCCGCCAGGCUGCCAGCUUCCGCCACUCGCGUGUCUUCGACUCUGAUGUCCACCUCGGUCUGCCCAACGGCCUCGGUCCGGCCCAGGGACAUAUGUUCUACGACCACCCACACGGCUCCCAACAGCAGCCGUCGCUGUCGCUGCCGCAUCCCCUAGAAGCCAUGCCAAGCCCUCGCGAAAUGAUGUUCUUCUCGCUGUCCAGCCACUCGCCCGCUAGCGAUCCGCUGUCCGCACUCUCCACCAACGAUAUCCCGCUGUCGCCGACAGGUCCUCUCAACCUCGGCGUCGGGCCGCCUGUUAUUCCGCUCAACACCGGCGGUGCUGCCCGCGCUGCCGCUGCUGCUGCCUUCCAAAGCGACAUGCUCCAGAUGCAACAGCAGCAGGGACAGGACGAGCAGCAGGAGCACCAGCAGCACCAGCACCAGCAGCAACAAUGGCCCCAUCACCCCGACGAGUACGGCAACGACCGCGAGAGCGGCAUCGGCAUCGCCGUCACUGCCACGGAUCCAGACGUCAUUGACGGCGCCAAGAGCAGCGCCGACGGUAGCACCCUUUACCUCCUCAACGCCAGCAUGGAUAGUGGCAUGCUGCUAGACGACGGUGGCCAGGCGCCCAUCAGCAAGGUCGACUUCAUCGUCCAGCUGCCUGUGGAGCUGUCCAUCAUGGUGCUGUCCCAUCUAGAUGCUGCCGGCCUGGCCGCGGCUUCCCGCGUGUCCAGACAGUGGCACCGCGUCCUGCAGAACCAGCACAUUUGGCGCGAGUCCUUCCUGCACGAAAAGACAACCACAUAUGCCACCAGUGCUCCGGUGCGUCCCGGCGUUGGCCAGGGCAUCCCGGCUGUCCAGCCGUCUUGCGACUGGCGCCAGAUUUACCGCGUCAAACAGGAGCUGGACCGCCGCUGGAAGCAGGGCAAGACGCGGCCCGUAUACCUCAAUGGCCACUCGGACAGCAUCUACUGUCUACAGUUUGAUGAGACGAAAAUCAUUACGGGGUCACGUGACAGAACCAUCCGCAUCUGGGACAUGCACACGCUCGAGUGCCGGCUGGUGAUCGGGCCGCCGUCGGUGGUGCACGACUCGAAGCUGCUGAUCGACGAACACGGUCAGCCGGCGCACUACGUGACGACGGCGUACCACACGCGGAGCUCAUGCAGCAUGCCGGCGGCGGUAAGCUUUCCGAUGCACCACUCGGCGUCGAUCUUGUGCCUGCAGUACGAUGACCGGAUGCUGGUGACGGGCUCGUCGGACUCGUCGUGCAUUGUGUACUCGGUCAAGUCGGGGUACCGGCCGGUGCGGCGGCUGCGACAUCAUGCGGCAGCAGUGCUCGACCUCUGCUUUGACGACCGGCACAUUGUGACGUGCAGCAAAGACAUCAGCAUCUGCGUGUGGGACCGGGAGACGGGGGCGAUGCUGAAGCAGCUGCGGGGCCAUUCGGGUCCAGUGAACGCGGUGCAGAUGCGCGGCAACACGAUCGUGUCCUGUUCGGGCGACUUCCGCGUCAAGCUGUGGAACAUUGAGACCGGCCGGGCGAUCCGCGAGCUGACGGGCCACACCAAGGGACUGGCCUGCAGCCAGUUCUCCGAGGAUGGCCGGUUUGUGGCCUCGGCCGGCAACGACCGCGUGAUCCGCAUCUGGGACGCCAACACGGGCGAGUGCGUCGGCGCCAUGAAGGCGCACGAGAACCUGGUGCGCAGCCUGCACAUCGACUCCGUCUCGGGCCGCCUCGUCAGCGGCAGUUACGAUCGCGACAUCAAGGUCUUUGACAUGGCCACCGGCCAGCAGCUGCUCGACUUUCCCCAGUGGCACCAGAGCUGGGUGCUCAGCGCGAAGAGCGACUACCGUCGCAUCGUCAGCACGGGCCAGGAUCCCAAGGUGCUGAUCAUGGACUUUGGCGCCGGCAUCGACGGCAUCGAGAUGCUCGAGACGGCAAAUCCGGACGGCGUCAUGGGCGGUGGCAGUGAGGCCGACCCGAUGGCGACGUCGUCGACGACCGGACACGGCGCAGAGCCACAGCAUCCGGCCGGAUACAUCUGA